GCGAUGUGUCGGGGUGGUCUGUGGGUGGGAGCCGAAGCAGGAGCAGGUGUCCCCCCACCAGCCCCGUUUCUCAAUGCCUUUUUUUUGUACGGAGCAGGGCGAAGUCUAAAAACGGAGGGAGAUCUCUGAGGGAGAAACUGGACAAAAUAGGAUUAAACCUGCCAGCUGGGAGGCGUAAAGCUGCUAAUGUUACCUUGCUCACGUCGCUCGUGGAGGGAGAAGCAGUACAUCUAGCUAGAGAUUUUGGGUACGUUUGUGAGACAGAAUUUCCUGCCAAAGCAGUAGCUGAAUUUCUCAACCGACAACAUUCCGAUCCAAACGAGCAAGUCACAAGAAAAAACAUGCUUCUAGCUACAAAACAGAUCUGUAAAGAGUUCACCGACCUGCUGGCUCAGGACCGAUCUCCCCUGGGGAACUCGCGGCCCAACCCCAUUUUGGAGCCGGGCAUCCAGAGCUGCCUGACCCACUUCAACCUCAUCUCACACGGUUUCGGGAGCCCAGCGGUGUGCGCUGCCGUCACCGCCCUGCAGAACUAUCUCACCGAGGCGCUCAAGGCCAUGGACAAAAUGUACCUCAGCAACAACCCCAACAGCCACACAGACAACAGCACCAAAAGCAGCGACAAAGAGGAGAAGCACCGAAAGUGAGGAUCCCCCCUCUGCCCCUACACCCUUCCCUUCCCCCUCAUAGCCCAUCGAUCCAUUCAUCUCCCUCCUCCCUCUCCCCUGCUCCCAGCACCCCAGGCUACAGCAACAGAAUGAGCGUCCUUCUGCCAGUCCUGUUCUCUGACUCUGCAGGACUGCUCUGCCCUCUCCCCUUGCCCCCUCCCAGCAUCCACGUUUCCAUUUGCUCCCUCUUUACUUGCGCCUCCUGCCCUUCUCCCUUGCUGCCACCAUCAUUUUACCCCAAUUUGGAGCCUAAGAGAACAGAACAGGGGGACGGAGCCAGCAAUGAAAAAAAAGUUCUGUCUUGAGUUUUUGAACUUGUUUUUUUAAAUAAAACAAAAGGAGGGAAAAAAAUCACACACACACACGAAAAAGAAAAAAAAAAAGACUUUUUUUUUCUAAAAAAUAUAUUAAAAAA